CAAUGAAACCACCAUGCCCAGUUAUUUUACAGAACCGCCUUUUAACCUGAGUACCACUGCAGAACCAAGCAUCAAUGCGACGACAGAACAGAUGGGCAAUAUAACGACCCACGUGCCUGGCAACGAAACAACAAUGCCCGGUAACUUUACAGAACCGCCUUUUAACAUGAGUACUACUGCACAAUCCAUCAUCAAUGUGACGACUGAACAGCCGGGCAAUAUAACGACCCACGUCCCAGGCAACGAGACUACCGUGCCCAGUAACUUUACCGAACCGCCCUAUAACUUCACUACUUCAGUUCUAACAGGAAUGUCAACCAACACCACUGAAUUGUUCAACGUUACUACACACUUUCCGUGGAUGGCAACAACAGAUGCAUCUGGGUUACCGAAGGAUGAGACACCUAACUUCAAAGGAAAGCCUAAGAAAGUUAUCAGAGUUGAGGUUGCUAUUUCAGAGAUCUCGACAAAAUGCCGACCGGCAGAAAACGCAACGUCGGAGUAUUGCAAAGCGUUAUCUUCGUACUUCGUGAAAAAAGCAAAAGUUUACUACAAAAAGAUAAACGGAUUUCAAGCGGUUCGCUUGGCUGAUGAAAUGAGGGAAGGCAGUGUGGUAAUUCCACACGUAGUUGUGUACAAUUACGUAGCAAUGCUUCCACAAGAUGAAGACCUUUCAGCCAUGGCGGUUUAUCAGCGAACGCUGGGACGAGCAGUUGCUAGGGGAAGGCUUGGCAACCUCAGUUUGGAGAUAAACUGCAGCACUUGCGUCGAGCCUAGAGAUGAAACCAACUUCUGCAAUUUCACAACUAACGGUCUGGCGUCUUGCCAGAACCCUUAUCUGGAGCUGCAGUGUAUCGACGGAUACGUCGAGUGCCGGUCGCCGUGCAAGCGCGCAAUGGACUACUGCAACGACCACGGGGAAUGCAGCCAGGCCGACCACGCUAACCCGGUCUGCCGCUGCCUGAACACCGAUAGCGAGUGGUACCACGGUGAUAGGUGCCAGUAUGCGACCGGCAAGGCUGGGGUGAUCGCCAGCAUCUGUGUGGUGCUGGUAUCUCUCCUCAUUGCGGUGUGCGCUGCCGUCUAUUUUUACAAGAAAAGAAGAAGCCGAAGGAAACGUUCAUGGAAUCUUUUGCACGAUGAGGACAAUGACAACUUCGGCGAUGACAGUGACGAUGACGUCAAUACCUUUGUGUGGAUGACACAAGACCCAACGACUUAUUCCUGUGCACGAGGUGAUACUACCCUUGGUGGUGAUGAUGGUAAAUAUACCUGCUUCGAAAUGGAACACCCUUAAAAAAGGAAUGAAUAGAAAAUAGCAGUGGAGUCGUGACAGAUACAUGAUACUUUAUUUCAGUUCUGGUGAAACUUCAAUAUUAGUCUCGUGCUAUUCUUCCUGGUGCAAACAUGCUGAAUAUCUCGUUGGUCGCGCCCAUCCGACCAUUGUUUCUCCCACCCUUUAUAAUAUUUUGUGUUAUUUUUCUUGUCAUAUUUAGUUACCUCUGUUCUUGAAACGAUACGAUAGCCUUUUUAUUCAUCAUGAAUCAUCUGCCUUGUGGCAUAUCGUAUAUUGUUCAUUUUGCUUGACAAAUGUCAGAACUCUGAUGUACACACAGAGACCAAUGAAAGUUAAGUCAUAUACAUGUAAUUUGAAUUUAGCUGAAUUUGGGCUUGAGUUUAAAUCUUGGUCUAUCAAAACAAAUGCACAAGAUACAUAUAUGCAUCCAUUCAACAGAGCCUGAAAGUUGACCCUUGAUGGCGCGCUUCCGAAACCCUUGGAUGGGAAAAAUAACGUGUAAAGGUUUUCGAAUUUGUAAUAUUUUUUCGUUCCGUUUCUUCUUAAAAAAUCAAACUUGGAAAAGGGGCUUUGACAAAUCUUUGCUGGUACAUAUAUUGAUUUAUAGAAAUUAAAAAUUACCUGAUCUAAAAAAGAAAUGGGCUGCCAAAAAUUGACCCAUCACUUACCAGAA